CGAUGAAGAAGAAUGCUCCAAAUAUAUCAAAAGUAGCAUCAGAUUUGAUUCUGGCAUAUCAAUAGUUAACCAGCCAACAAAAAGAAAUUACCAUCUCUCCGAGAUAUGAAAAAACUGCCUUAUACUUCCCACAAUCACGUACUCAUAUAAUUAUGUACAUUAUGCAGCUAUUGAAGAGCAAAUUGAAGAAGAAAAUUAAAUUGAUAGUCCCAGAAAAACCAUUACAGAAGAGGAAGAGGAUUGUUUAUUAGAGAUUUCUGAACUAAGAAAAAUAGUAGAUCAAAGUAUAAAAUAUUAAUAAAAACAGUGAGAAUGAAAUACAUGAACAUACCAGAAAAAUAUUUGUAAUAGCCAUUGUAAACCACCAAUUAAAAUACAACCUCCUCUGCCCAGAAUAAGAAACCAAAAAAAUAGGUGGUCAUAACUUAAUACUAAUCAGAUUUCUUAAGGCAAUAGUAUGGAAAAAUUAAAUGAGUGUUUAUAAUUUAUCAUCCCCUUUGUUUUUAUUGCACAAUCCAAUUCACUUGUUAGUAUAUUCUAAAUCAAAUGUAUUUAUUUGA